AUGCCGACGGAAAAUCCCAGGGUGAUAAAGAGACCGCAAUGGCCCAGAACAGGUUUAAUAUCAUUUACAAGUGUCGCUUCUUCUUUCUCAAUCUCCAUUUUCAUCUCUCUCUCUCUCUCUCUCUGUUUCUCUCUCUCUCUUGCUGCCUCUUACUCUUGCCGCCCCCACGGUAUUUCUUUUCACUCUCCGCCACUGCCUGACUUGUCCUCCUCCUCCUCUUUUUUUUUCCUUCCAAAAUGUGUCUGUACAGUUUUUUGUAUUUCUUACGUUGCGCGUUUCAUACGUGAAAUCGCUUCUUUCUUCACCGGAAAUUCUUAUUCACUUUCUUUCUCUUCUUCAUCUUCGCCACCUCUCUCUCUCUCUCUCUCUCUCUCUCUGAUUCUUACUCUCUUUCUCUCACUUACCUACUUUCGCUAUCUAACUCUCUUUCUUACCCGCUCUAUCUCUUACUGUCUCUCCAUACUUCUCUCACUUACUCUCUCUCCCUUACCAUCUCUCUCUUACUCUCUCUUUCUCUCUUCUUACUAUGUUCCUUACCCUCUUCCUCUAUUCCACUUUCUUACUAACCCCUCCCUUACCAUCUCUCUCUUACUCUCUCUUUCUCUCUUCUAA